UUUAUGUCAACGCAACACCUUCAGCCAUUCAACCACCGCUAUUUAUUUCUAAUUGACGCCUUUUCCGGGUGGCUUCUCCUCUCUCUCCUUUUCAUUCCCUCCACCUCCCCUUACCCUUCAACCCCUCGAGUGAGGCCAUCGAUUCCGUCAUGAAAUCCCUCACCUGGGCUGCUUGUCUGGCGCUGGCUGGCACGGCCAUCGCCCACGCUCACCACGACCACGAAGAAAUUCCGGAAAGUGUGCGCGAGGAGCUGCUGAGGAAAUGGGAUCAGGAGUUCACUUUCUCCGGCAUUGCCAGCUUCGCGCAUCUGAAGCCGGUCAGAUGUUUGAUCGAACCCGACGAGCGAUACGAUAUCGCCGUCAUCGGCGCCCCGUUCGAUACGGCCGUUAGCUACAGACCAGGCGCUCGGUUUGGUCCUCGGGCUAUUCGGGCUGCCAGCGCCCGCCAAAUGGCCGGCACCAGCUACAACACCCGCGCCGGAAUCAACCCUUAUGCCUCCUGGGCCACGGUCAAGGAUUGUGGAGACAUCCCCAUCACACCGUUCGACAAUGGCGUCGCCGAGCGCCAGAUGUACGAGGCUUUCCUGGAGUUGGGCUCCCGCCCCGCCCUGACCGCCGCCGACUCCACGUACGGUACCAAGGGUAUCUCCGCCGGCAAGUCGAAGCUGGUCACUCUGGGUGGCGACCACAGUGUUGCACUCCCUGCUCUCCGGGCGCUUUACCAAAUUUACCAGAAGCCAAUCACGGUCUUGCACUUCGACGCCCAUCUCGACACCUGGAACCCGGUGCGUUACUCGGCGUACUGGACGUCGGAGCAGUCCCACUUCAACCACGGUAGUUUUUUCCACAAGGCUAGCCGGGAGGGACUCAUCUGCAACUCGACCUCUGCCCACGCUGGUCUGCGAACGCGUCUGACCGGUGUGGACGACAGCGAUUACACCAACCCCGGUCCCGAGCAAGGCUUCAUGCGCAUCCACGCGGAUGACAUUGACGACUUGGGCCCCAUGGGCAUCGUGGACCGUAUCAUCGAGCGCAUUGGCCUGGACUCCGAGCAGCCCGUGUACCUGUCCGUGGACAUUGACGUCUUGGACCCGGCCACUGCCCCCGGCACUGGUACCCCCGAACCCGGUGGCUGGACGACCCGGGAGUUCAUCCGGAUCCUGCGUGGUAUUGAGAAGCUAAACAUUGUUGGCGCCGACAUCGUCGAGGUGUCCCCCAGCUAUGACAACAAGGGCGAGACCACCGCCUUGGCAGCCGCUCAGGUGGCCUUUGAGAUUAUCACCAGCAUGGUCAAGGCCGGCGCCGGUGAGGACUUGGGAGGAUGGUAUGGACGCAGGGCAACGGUGGAGGAGACUGUUGUCGCUGAGGAGACCGUUGCGGUCGAGGAGGAGCCUGUGGAGAAGGAGGUCAAGGAUGAAUUGUAAAUGCGAUACGAAGCGAUAUGUAUAAUGAGUUAGUUGUCUAGCACCCGAUGCAGGUACAUCAACAAAGAAACAGCUGUCUGUCUGUCCUACCACCUAUGAACAUAGGAACAACUGGUAUAAUAAAGAAACAGCGUACCCGAAAUCUUCAUCUACUUAGCAUGUAAAAGUUCCUUAUACAUACCAAAAAGAACAAAACCCCCCUGGUGCUAGUUACCAGCUACCGUGGUAUAUAUACCUCGACCAAUCCACUCCCUCUAAGCACUAAUCAUAGAUAUAUAAAAUAACGUGGUCAUCACUAUUGUAUCUGUGUUAUCUAGUCCAGGCCUUGAGGACGAGAAGGGCUGCUCAAGCGAAAGAGAAACAAAAAUUGCACAGCAAAUUGAUUGGUUUGGGUGGGGAUCAGCAUGAUAACAGAUCGAGGAGUAUGAGAAGAAAAAAA